GUUUUCUAGUUCCAGGUGUCCAUCUCUCUGCUUGGACUGGCUCUUGUCCUGCUCUCCUUCCCUGAACAUGCUUCACUGAACAAAGUAUUUGACAACAGCUCAGGAACUGUGUAUCCAGGAUCUGUAUUUGUGAAGGAGGCUCUUCAGAGGGCGAUUGAGCUGACUGAUGCUGCUUACGCCCGCACAAGUGAAAGGGUUAAGAAGUCUCAGUCUGAGGGCGCUCUGAGACCCAGUGACCUGCUGGCUCAGUUUAAACAGACUGAAGCCAGAACCAGGACUCAGAUCCAGGCUGCAGAACUGUUGGACAACACAGUGGAGCUGAUCAGAGAGAUGGUCUACACUAAUACAAUGGUUCAGCCAGACCCUCAGGAGCUGCUGAGUAAAGGAGACAUGAAGAAUCUGCUGCAGGAGACUGGCUGCUCCGCUGAGCUGCAGAGACCCAGCUGUGACACAGACUGUCUGUCUGAGCGCUACAGAUCCCUCACAGGAGAGUGCAACAACAGACAGAAUCCCAGAUGGGGGGCCGCAAACAUCCCCUAUUCCCGCUGGCUACCGGCAGAGUACGAGGAUGUGUGGGGGAUGCCCAGAGGCUGGGACCCAGAGCACACCUACCAUAACGCCACUCUGCCUCCAGUGCGGCUGGUGUCUCAGGAAGUGCUGUUCACUCACAAUGACAAGAUCUCUCUGGACUCCACUCUGUCCCACCUGCUAGUGGAGUGGGGUCAGUGGAUAGACCACGACGUGGUUCUGACGCCUCAGAGCCCCAGUACAGCCGCCUUCAAGACAGGAGCCGACUGCACACACACCUGCAGCCGGGACACGCCCUGUUUCCCCAUACAGAUUCCUUUGUCAGAUCCUCGCAAUGGCUUCCAGAGUUGUAUGCCUUUCUUCCGCUCUGCUCCCAGCUGUGUUAGUGGAGUCCGGUCUCAUCACCAGCGAGAGCAGCUCAACGCCAUCACCUCCUUUGUAGAUGCCAGUAUGGUUUAUGGCAGCUCCACCAGUCUGGCCUCGGAUCUGAGAAACCGCUCCUCUCCCCUGGGCUCAAUGGCCCUUAACUCCCAGCACUCAGACCAGCAGCUGGCCUUCAUGCCCUUCCUGCCACGCCUGCAGGCUGACCUGGACCCCUGCGGCCCCCGAAACGCCAACACCCUAGGGGAAUUAAAAAGAUCCAGGGGCCAGGAGAACACCACAUCCUGCUUUCAAGCUGGUGAUUCAAGAGCUAAUGAGCAUCUGGGAAUGAUCGCGCUGCACACGCUCUUUCUGAGAGAGCACAACCGGCUGGUCAAAGAGCUGCACCUGCUCAACCCUCACUGGAGCCCUGACACACUUUAUCAGGAGGCCCGCAAGAUCAUGGGAGCUAUUCAUCAGAUCCUAACAUGGGAGCACUACCUGCCGCGGGUUCUCGGCGAGAGUGCCAUGUCUCGUCUGAUGCCUCCCUACAAGGGUUAUGAUCCUGAGGUGGAUCCCAGCAUCGCGAACGUCUUUGCAGCUGCCGCAUUUCGAUUUGCCCAUGUCACCGUGCGGCCCGUGGUGACCAGGCUAGGGCCAGGAUACACCACCGACUCCCAGCAUCCUCCGCUGCCUCUGCAUCAUUCACUGUUUGCUUCUUGGAGGGUCGUGCAGGAAGGUGGUAUAGACCCUGUGCUGCGCGGUCUGUUGCUGUCUCCGGCCAAGCUGCAGACUCCAGGUCAGAUGAUGGUGGAGGAGCUGACUGAGAGGCUGUUUCAGGCACAAGGAGGGAUGCCUCUGGACCUCGGGGCCCUUAACCUCCAGAGGGGCCGGGAUCACGGCCUGCCUGGAUACGGCUCAUGGAGAAAGUCCUGCAGCCUCUCUGUUCCCAACACUACAUCAGAAUUGGCCGAAAUUCUGAGUAACUUCACUUUGGCUCACAAAUUCCAGCUCCUGUAUGGGACGCCACACAACAUCGACGUGUGGGUGGGGGCCAUCUCUGAGCCCGCUCUGCCCGGAGGUCGAGUUGGACCACUGCUGUCCUGCCUGCUGGCGAAACAGUUCAGAGCACUGAGAGACGGGGACAGGUUCUGGUGGGAGAGGGAAGGAGUGUUCACCAGCACCCAGAGGAGACACCUCCACACAGUCUCUCUCUCCCGCAUCAUUUGUGACAACAGCCGCAUCACUCACGUCCCUGCUGACCCGUUCACACGCACCGAGAGGCCGGAGGACAUGCUGGCCUGUUCACACCCGCUCAUCUCCCACCUCGACCUCAGCCCAUGGAAAGAACCAGACACAGAUCCCAGCUGUGGUCCAAUACCCAGAAUUCAGUAUGGCUACUCCCUUCUUUGUGACUCUGUGAUUCUGUACCAGUGUCACUCUGGCUUCAAGCUGCUCGGCUCUUUAUCUGUCAGCUGUGAUCCAAAUAGCCAGCAGUGGAGCUCCACACCCCCAACAUGUCAAGAUAUUAAUGAAUGUGAAGAACAAACUUCUCUCUGCCCACAAAACCUGGAGUGUCUCAACAUACUAGGUUCAUUUACUUGCUCAGAAACCUCCUCGCUGUCUGCGGUCUCUGUGUUCACUGCAGUGAUGGUAGUGAUCGGGGGUGUGGCCGCGCUGCUGAUGAUCAUGGUCUGUUAUCGAAGAUAUUUUCCUAAGAAAGAAGAGUUAGUCAACGCUGGAUGUUGCCAGGGGAAAAGUUAAAAAGUUUGGUCAAAUGUUCCUCUACAGAAUGUUAAAUGAAAAAUAUCUGUCUUAAUUAAUUUAAGGUGCAAAUAUAUUGAUGUGUGGACUUUCUGUUUAUAGUAGUAGAAUAUGUGGUCUUGUUAACUUUUAACAGCCAUAUAAUCACAAAAGCUGGACAAACGUUUUACAUUAAUAAGUAUCCCUGUUGUUAACCAUUAAACUUGACCUGGUCACAUGAUUGCAUGUUUUUCCUCUGACUACACAUUAUGUGACUGACCAGUCCGACGGUGCUCAUUCAUUACCAACAAGUCAAACUACUGAUUAAGGUUGUGAUCUUUAUGAUGAGACCAUGAAAACAGAAUAACAAACUUACAGAAAUCCCUUUAAUCCAGAAACUAAACUCUUACUGGAAUGUCUGAUAUAAAAACUGAUUUUCAUACGAUAAAGCCCCUCUGAGCUUGAUAUUGUCUCAGUAUCCGUGUGCCUGAUUCCUGCUUACAAACCUGUUAGGUAACUAUGUGUUUCA